AACUCCCAGCCGGGCCGCCCCGCCCCCGGGAGCCCCGGGACUGAGGCGAGGAGGGCGGGGCGGGACCACGCACGGGCCGUGCUCGCACUCUCGCUGCCUGCUUCAGCACCUUCCGCUGUCCACAGCUGCAGCCACCUCCUCCUCCAGGUGCUGAUUAUUCUGAUGCCGAGUUUCCAAUUGCCUUGAUUAAAGUAGACACAUUCUAUGGCUUGGAUGACUUACAUUUCACAUUGGUUUGAACAAGAUGAUUGGUAUGAAGGACUACAAAGAGCAAGCAUGUCCCAGGUAAGGCAAGUGGGAUUGCUGGCUGCUGGAUGUCAGCCAUGGAACAAAGAUGUGUGUGCUGCCAAUGGAGACAGGUUUGCAUAUUGUGCUACUCUGGCUAUCUAUAUUUAUCAGUUGGAUCACCGUUAUAAUGAAUUCAAACUUUAUGCAAUUAUGUCUGAACAUAAAAAAACAAUUACAGCAAUCUCUUGGUGUCCACAUAAUCCUGAUCUGUUUGCAAGUGGCAGUACCGAUAAUUUAGUGAUCAUUUGGAAUGUUGCAGAACAAAAAGUCAUUGCUAAACUCGACAAUACAAAAGGAGUGCCUGCCUCUCUUAGCUGGUGCUGGAAUGCAGAUGAUGCUGUAGCAUUUGUUUCCCACAGAGGCCCACUAUUCAUUUGGACCAUAUCAGGACCAGAUAGUGGAGUAACUGUACACAAGGAAGCCCAUAGCUUCUUGUCUGAUAUCUGUAUUUUCAGAUGGCAUACACAAAAAAAGGGGAAAGUUGUGUUUGGUCAUAUCGAUGGAAGUCUAUCAGUUUUUCAGCCAGGUAAUAAAAAUCAGAAACAUGUUUUGAGACCUGAAUCUCUUGAAGGAACAGAUGAAGAAGAUCCAAUUACAGCCCUGGAAUGGGACCCACUCUCUACUGAUUAUCUUCUCGUGGCUAAUUUGCAUUAUGGAAUUCGCCUAGUAGAUUCUGAAUCACUUUAUUGCAUAACAACAUUUAAUUUUCCAAGUGUAGCAGCUUCUAUACAGUGCUUAGCCUGGGUUCCCAGUGCUCCUGGCAUGUUUAUAACUGGAGAUUCUCAAGUGGGUGUUUUACGCAUUUGGAAUGUUUCAAGAACAACACCUAUUGAUAAUUUUAAAUUAAAGAAAACGGGAUUUCACUGCUUACAUGUACUUAAUUCUCCUCCAAGAAAAAAGUUUUCAAUCCAGUCUUCAAACAAAAAUCAUUAUACAUCCUCAACAAGUGAAGCAGUUCCACCCCCUAGUUUGACACAGAAUCAAGCAUUUUCUCUUCCUCCUGGUCAUGCAGUGUGCUGUUUCUUAGAUGGUGGAGUUGGUCUCUAUGAUAUGGGAGCCAAGAAGUGGGAUUUUCUUAGGGACUUGGGACAUGUGGAAACUAUCUUUGACUGCAAAUUUAAACCUGAUGAUCCGAAUCUUUUAGCAACAGCUUCAUUUGAUGGUACUAUAAAAGUUUGGGAUAUAAACACAUUAACAGCAAUGUAUACUUCCCCGGGUAAUGAAGGGGUUAUUUAUUCCCUUUCAUGGGCUCCAGGCAGCUUGAAUUGUAUUGCUGGGGCAACUUCCCAAAAUGGUGCUUUUAUCUGGGAUGUUCAAAAGGGCAAAAUGAUACAGCGAUUUAAUGAGCAUGGAAAAAAUGGAAUAUUCUGCAUUGCCUGGAGUCACAAAGAUUCCAAAAGAAUAGCAACCUGCAGUGGUGAUGGGUUCUGUAUUAUCCGAACAAUUGAUGGUAAAGUACUACACAAAUACAAACAUCCAGCUCCAGUGUUUGGUUGUGAUUGGAGCCAAAACAACAAAGACAUGAUUGCCACUGGCUGUGAAGACAAAAAUGUGCGUGUCUAUUAUGUAGCCACGAGCUCAGAUCAACCAUUGAAAGUCUUUAGUGGACAUACAGCAAAAGUUUUUCAUGUUAAAUGGUCUCCCCUGAGAGAAGGAAUUCUUUGCAGUGGAUCUGAUGAUGGUUCUGUUCGAAUCUGGGAUUAUACUCAAGAUGCUUGCAUAAAUAUUCUUAGUGGACACACUGCACCGGUGAGGGGAUUAAUGUGGAAUACUGAGAUUCCAUAUCUACUAAUAUCUGGCAGCUGGGACUAUACUAUAAAAGUGUGGGACACUCGGGAAGGAACUUGCUUGGAUACUGUAUAUGAUCAUGGUGCAGAUGUGUACGGUUUAACAUGCCAUCCAAGUCGCCCCUUCACUAUGGCUUCUUGCUCCCGUGAUUCUACAGUGAGACUCUGGUCAUUAACACCUUUAAUCACUCCUUUACAAAUAAAUAUUCUGGCAGACAGAUCUUGGGAAGAAAUUAUCGGGAAUACUGAUUGUGUCAUAGAACAAGGCGCUCCUCCUCUGUUGUGUGGUAAAGUGUCAAGAGAUAUUAAACAGGAAAUAGAAAAACUGGCUGGUAAUCCUCGAGUGAAAAAAUUAAGAUGGUUUUCAGAAUGUUUAUCACCUCCAGGUGGCAGUGACAAUUUAUGGAACUUGGUGGCUGUGAUAAAAGGGCAAGAUGAUAGUUUACUUCCUCAGAGCUACUGCAAAGGAAUAAUGCAUUUGAAGCACCUGAUUAAAUUUAGAACAUCUGAAGCCCAAGAACUAACAACAGUCAAGAUGUCUAAAUUUGGUGGUGGUAUUGGUGUACCUACUAAAGAGGAAAGACUGAAGGAAGCUGCUGAAAUACACUUGAGAUUAGGACAAAUUCAGAGAUACUGUGAACUUAUGGUUGAACUUGGAGAGUGGGACAAAGCCCUGUCAAUUGCACCAGGGGUCUCUGUGAAAUACUGGAAGAAGUUAAUGCAGAGGAGAGCUGACCAAUUAAUCCAGGAAGAUAAGGAUGAUGUCAUUCCUUACUGCAUAGCCACUGGUGAUGUGAGAAAGCUAGUAAAUUUUUUUAUGUCAAGAGGUCAGCUUAAAGAAGCUCUGCUUGUUGCACAGGCUGCAUGCGAGGGGAAUAUGCAAAACUUGCACGUUUCUACACCUAAAGGAGCUUCAUAUUCUGAUGAUAUCUACAAGGAAGGCUUUGAUGAACUCCUCCACAAAGUCAGUAAAGAACUGGCAGAAUGGUAUUUUCAGGAUGGUCGAGCAGUACUAGCUGCAUGUUGCCAUCUAGCUGUAGAUAAUAUUGAGCUUGCUAUGGCAUACCUGAUUCGUGGAAAUGAACUGGAGUUGGCCGUCUGUGUGGGAAUGGUACUAGGAGAAUCUGCAGCACCAGCAACUCACUAUGCCCUAGAAUUACUGGCAAGAAAAUGCAUGAUGAUUCCAAUAUGCUUUCCAUCUGUUGGAUACAGGAAUUUGGCAGCCGAUCUUCUCCUGAUGAUUCCUGAUAAUGAACUACAUUUAGUAAAACUCUGUGCUUUCUACCCAGGGUCUAUUGAAGAAAUAAAUGAUAUUCAUGAGAAGUGCAAACUCCCCACAGUAGAAGAAUGUAUGCAGUUAGCUGAGACGGCCCAUGCAGAUGGCAAUGUAUUUGAAUCUAUAAAGUAUUAUUUAUUAAGUCAAGAACCUGAAAAAGCUCUUCCUAUUGGUAUUGACUUUGUCAAAGAACACCUCAGUAGUUCAAAUUGGACAUUGGAUACCAUUUAUCCUAUUCUUGACCUGUUGAGUUAUAUUCGUACUGAAAACUUAGUCUUACAUACAUGUACUGAAGCUCGAAAUGAGUUGCUUAUAUUAUGUGGUUAUAUUGGUGCAUUAUUGGCUAUCAGAAGACAGUACCAAAGCAUUGUUCCAGCACUUUAUGAGUACACAAGCCAGCUAUUAAAACGUCGAAAGGUAUCAGUUCCCUUAAAAAUUGAACAUCUUUCCGAGGAACUGGAUGCAUGGAGAGCUUGCACACAGCCCACCAGUCAAUCAGAGGAAUCGCCAUAUACACCCCCUUCUGAUUCACAAAGAAUGAUUUAUGCAACUUUAUUAAAGAAACUAAAGGAAGAACCACUCAAAGGAAUUAUUGGACCAGAUUAUGUGACUGGAUCAAAUCUCCCAAGUCAUUGUGACAUUCACAUGUCUUGUCUUACGGGAUUAAAAAUCCAGGGCCCUGUAUUUUUCCUUGAAGAUGGGAAAUCUGCUAUUUCAUUGAAUGAUGCUUUGAUGUGGGCAAAGGUGAAUCCAUUCUCACCUUUAGGAACUGGACUACGACUCAAUCCAUUUUGAUAGAAGAUUUUUGUUCAUGCUUAAAUUAUUUUUUAAAAGAAGAACUUUUGUAGAUUAGUAUUAUCUUGGUCUUGAUCAUCCAAGAGCCAAAGGUUGGGAGGAGGAGUGGUGGUUGGGAACAGUGGGAAACAGUAGUUACUUUGAUUCAUUAACUUCAAAAAAUAAAAUAUUUAUAUAAUUUAAAGAAAAA